CUAAAAGCUAGCCUGGACAUUGCCGGGAAAUCGAAACCCUCCGGCGAUAUUCAGCCGGGUCUUUUGAAACCGAAAGAUCCUAAUUGAGUUCUUCUUUCAGUCAUUAUAUGGUUUCGGUUUCGAACAUGGGUAUCCCUUGGGACGACGUCGUCAUGAUCCAGUCUGGCAAGAAUUCCGGCGACCCUUGCGUCGUGACGGUGAACUGCCUCGACAAGGCUGGGCUCGGGUGCGAUGUCUGCCGAGUCGUGCUCGAAUUCGGACUCUGCAUUACCCGAGGAGAUUUUUCUACGGAUGGAAAAUGGUGUUACAUAGUAUUGUGGGUUGUUCCACAUCCAAGCUCACUGAGAGUUGAUUGGGAUAGAUUUAAAAACCGGCUUCAGUCUUCAUGUCCUUCAUGUUUGGUUUCAUACUACUUGAAUCAGCAGUCAAAUGUUCCCCCACCUUCCCCAAUAUACAUGUUCACAGUGUUUUGCGUGGACCGGAAAGGAUUAUUACAUGAUGUUACUAAAGUCCUUAGUGAGCUUGACCUUACAAUUCAAAGAGUAAAAGUGAUGACAACACCAGAUGGCAGAGUAUUGGACCUCUUCUUCAUUACAGAUGGCAUGGACCUAUUACACACACAGAAGAGACGAGAUGACACAUGCGAACAUCUAAGUGUUGUAUUGGGCGAGUGUUGUAUCAGCUGUGAAAUUCAGUUGGCGGGGCCUGAAUACGGAAGUCAGCAGGAAUUCUCUUCUCUUUCACCUGCAGUUGCUGAAGAAUUAUUCAGCUGUGAGAUGUCAAACAAGGAAGCUCAUCCACAAGCCAUCAGCCCCGCUAAGUCUAAUGUUAAGAAGACUACUAUUAAAGUAGAUAAUAUUUUGAGCCAAGCACAUACCUUGCUUCAAAUUCAGUGUGCUGAUCAAAAGUGCCUCUUUUACGAUGUUAUGAGGACUUCAAAGGACUGCAAUAUUCAGAUUGCUUAUGGAAGAUUUUCUCCAAGUGUGAAAGGCUACCGGAAUAUCGACUUACUCGUUCAGCAAACGGAUGGGAAAAAGAUUGUAGAUCCCGAGAAGCAGGAUGCUCUAUGUUCUCGUCUGAAGGAGGAAAUUCUUCAUCCAUUGCGAAUUACUAUUACCAACCGUGGCCCCGACACCGAACUCUUGGUUGCCAAUCCAGUUGAGUUAUGUGGACAGGGAAGACCUCGUGUUUUUUAUGAUGUUACAUCCGCUUUAAAGAUGCUUGGGAUAUGCGUCUUUUCGGCUGAGAUUGGAAGACAAUCAACAUGUGAUCGUCAAUGGGAAGUAUAUAAAUUUCUUUUGGAUGAAAGCCCACAAUUCCCAUUGGCAAGCAGUAGAGCUAGAAGUGAGAUUGUGGACAGAGUAAGGCGAACUCUGAUGGGCUGGUAGGCUGCUCCAUUACUGAAUUUGGACAUCCACGAAGAGAGAUUUUGUCUCAGAAAUGUCUCCGCGAGCUUUCAACUAUGGUUGUGCAAAUCGACUGUAUUUGCAUUCAAGUACAUCCAUUCCAGCUUGCUGUGAAAACAAAUCAGCGUCACAGUGGCAAAGCGGAUCGGCGGCUAUAAACCGCAGCGCUUGGCAAAGGAAACCAUCAACCUUUCAAGAUUUUUGGUUUCUAAGAUCUAUAUAUGAAACAUUUUGUAUUUCCUUGUUUUUUUCAGUCACAUGCUUACUACUUUUUGUUGUAGUUCUAGCUUUGCAGCGCUACUGAAGUAGUAGCAUGGAAAAUAUUUUCUUCAA